GCCUGCUCGGAGUUUUCCUUUCGAUGAGAUAGCGCAUUAACUAGAGAGCACGCACAUACUCUUUCUACAAAAAAAACACCAAACCGGAAAAAUGGACCCUAGCAUCAUACCUCUCCCAAUGUAUCCUUCCAUAGAAUGCAUUAAACUGGGUAGAUUUGUUACCAAUAUGGAACACCCACACGAAAAUUACUAUGAUGCUAAGCCCUUACAGCCAAAAGUCAUACAGGCUGGGUUUUCUUAUACAUCCGAAACCAAACAGACAACCAAUGCCGACUUCCGAGUGUCCGUAUUAAACACUAUAUCCACCAGCCUAUCAAAGCAAGUCCACAAAAAAUUGCAAAUAAAGCCAGUUCAAGGUACGACAUAUUGCAUUGAUAAUUCAGAGGAAUGGUUUCAUCAAGCAAUCUUAAACCCAAAAGCAAAGCAAUGGUUAGAAAGAUGUGGCCUUGAUGGAAAGCGCAUGUACCUGAUUGUUGGUUAUCAAACCUUCUUGGAUCCGUGUUUGAUACAAGAAUCUGGUGGCCAAGGCAAUUAUGGAUCUGAGAUCGAUCCUGUCAAAGCCUUGUCAACUGCUGUCGCUGGGCCGCUCGCUUCUGCAUCAGCUUCUACUUUGGUAACCAUCCAUGGGGAACGCAAUGGUGAACAUUGGUCCGCGGCGCGGCUGAGCGCCUCUGGAGAGCGCGUUUCCUCAAUACAGUAUCGAACGAUAACGUAUCAAUGGUUUAGUCGCCGAACUUUGGAGAACUUAUACUUGUCCAAGACGCAUACCUGGUCUUGUUUAGAGGGUCGCACUCGGGCCUUCCACGAAGAUGAGGACGAUGAAGAAGAUGAGGAGGAUAUAUUCGGGGUACAGCUCGAUGAUAACUGCAAAACAAAGAUGUUUCUACGAUAACAGCGUUUGGUUAUUUUCUCCAAAUACAUUGUAAAACAGCCGCAUGUUAAAAUGUAUGCUUGCCUCUAAUCGCACUACUUUAAUUCGUUGAUGAGAAUAGUUCUGUUUUAGGUGAAAACUACCCGUAUUCUAGUUUUACGUUCAAUAGUGUCAAUUAAUCAUUCCCAAUUC